AUGGGCUGCUCCGGAUCCAAGACUGCCACCAAGGCCGGCAAGAAGGCGGCGCCAGUGAAGGAAGCCCCCAAGAAGGUUGAGGUGGCCAAGCCGGCCGAGACGGCUCUGCCGGCCGAGCCAGCUCAGGCGGAAGUGCCAGCCGCGCCAGUGGUGACAGAGGCUUCUGCUCCAGCAGAGGCUGUGGAGGAAGCUGAGGCAAAAACCGCAGAUGCUGAGAAGGCGGAAGAGGCCAAGGUCGAAGAGGCCGAGAAGGCCAUUGGAGAUCUAAAAGAGUCGGAGCUGAAGUUGUCCGCAGACAAGGCUGAUGCAAAGGCGGAGGACGGAGACACAGUCACCACUGCCACCAAGGAGGAGUCACCAAGAUUUGCUGAGCUCAAGAUUGAGGCCGCAGACGCUCCCAGAGGGCCUUGCGUUUGCGGCAGCCUUUGGUGA